AAGAAAAAGGAAAAGAUGAAUUAAUUAUAAUUUGUAACUACCACAUAAAAUUUUCAAAUUCCAACUGCUUUCAUUUGAACACCUUUACUCAAAGUACUCAUCCAUGGCUUCCAUUUCUGUUAUUAGUCUCCUUUUGAUCACAGUUUCUGCAUCUCUCGCUGCAACUGUUGUUGAAGAUCUUGCAAACUUAAAACCCCCACCAGAUUUCAACACCACAAUAUCCAACAAUUGUCUCCACAACCCACUUCUUAGAUACUGCAAUUCUUCUUCUCCUUUUGACUUGGAUGGAAUUUUCAGGUCCACCAUUGUUGCUAGUCAUCUCUGCAACGAAUCGAAAAACCCUAAUUGCAUUGAAUCAUUCCCUAAAAUAGACUUAAGAAACCGCCCAAAGAUUGUACCUUUAUACUUAUCUUACAAUUUCUUUUGGAAAUACUGCCCUUUAACCAUUUUAUCAAUUGAUUUAUCAAAUAAUUCCUUAAAGGGUAAUUUUCCAACAGAUGUUUUGUUAUGUACCCAGAUUCAGUCUCUUGAUCUGAGUCUUAAUGCACUAACAGGAGAUGUUCCUGUAAAGAGUUUCUCUUCUCUUUCUAAUCUCACAUUUCUGAAUCUUUCUUACAAUUAUUUCUCAGAAACUAAAAUAUCAGAUUCUCAGUUCUUCAGGAAGUUUAAUGCUUCAAGUUUCUAUCAUUCCGGUCUUCUUCCAAGUCAAAGAAACUAUAAACUCAAGGCUAUAUUUUUAUUAUUAGGGUUUCCAAUAUUUGUGAUCAUAAUAGUAAUCUGUUUUGGUUGGUUAUGUUUUAUAAGACCAGAUUAUUUACCAACCCCGCUACAAAAAAACCACAAAUUUACACCAGCAAUGUUAAAUGCUGCAACUAAUCGAUUUUCCAGGAAAAACUUGGUGGUGAAGAGUGAAGGAAUUGAUAUAUAUAAAGGAAAACCGCGAAAUGGAACUGAAGUGAGGGUAGAAAUUUACAAGGGAAAUAGUUCCAGGGAAGAUCGCCAGAGAUUUGUUAAAGAAUGCAAGGUUCUUGCCCAAUUAUAUCAUAAGAACUUGGUUCAAGUAUUUGGAUGGUGUAAUGACAGGAAAAUGAGGGCAAUUGUUGCAGAAUGGACAGAAGGAGAGAAUGUUGAGAUGUGGCUAUUAGGGUCAGUUCCUCCAUGGAAGGAAAGGUUAAAAGUGUUAAUGGGAGUUGUGGAGGGAAUGUCUUAUUUGCAGGAACAAUGGCCUCAAGUCGGGUAUGAUUUAAGAACUAGUAGUGUGCUUCUGUCUAAUAAUUUAGAGCCACUCAUUUCAAGAUUUAAAGUCGGAGUUCAAAACAGUAGCAUCAAACACAUUUACAAGUUUGGAGUUUUUCUACUGGAAAUGAUAACAAACAGGAGGCCUGAACAAGAUUUUGAGAGGGGUCACGCUGGUUUUAUAGAGUAUAUCAGAAUGAAUUAUCCUGGAAAUUGGCGCAAUUUGAUCGAUGCAAGAAUGAAAUUAUCAGAAAAUAUGGUUGAUCAAGCUAAACAUGGAAUCGGUCUGGGAUUGAUCUGCACUGAUCAAUCAAACAGUAAAUAUCCGAGCUUGAAUCAGAUAUUCAAUAUGUUAACCACAGUCUACAACUCUUGCCCGGUUAAGGCAUCCGAGAAUCGGAGCAGAACUCAUGGAGAUGGAGACAGGACAUAAACGUUCCAUGUCUAGAUAAGCUCACAUUAUACCACUUAAAAUUUCAAUUCUUGCACAUGCUGUAAGUAGAACUUAAUUCUUUCUUUUUAACAUUAGAGACUCUUGUAAGGAAAUGUAUCCUUUGAAUGUCGAGUCUCAUAUUCAGUUAGCUGCUAUACGGUUGUUCUCUCAUGCGUUAACUGAAUUAGGCAUUGCAUUCUUUAGUUUUUACUGAAUCAACUUACACAAAAACCAGCUCAAGGAAAACUCAGUAGCAAAAUAAGAGACAUCAUCAAAACCCAGCCAUACAUUCCAUAGGAAAAUCAACAGACCUAUUUCUCACAUAACCACAAUAUACUUCUGCAGAAUCUUGCAUUGUUAGUAUUUCAGGAAAAAAACUUAGAAAUGGAGUUGAGCUUUGGACGAAAAACAAGAUUACAGCAUAAAAAAGACAAGUCAUUUGCUUGUACAACAUUGCUUUUCACAUGUAAGUUAUUUUACGCAAAUCAAAUUACCACACAAUUCAGCCACAUGCAAUGCAUUCCCAUUCCUUUUUAUCAAAC